GUAUGGUGUGCACACCGGACAAGUUACUUCAACGUAUAUACAAACGGGAUUAUUGUUACAUUUUCAAUGAAAUCUACUUGAGUAUUUGAAAUGUGGGCGAAUCAAUCAUGGUCCACGGGCGCUGUGCCCCCUGGGAGUGCUAAUUCGCAGGAACAAAUGAGUAGUUUACAAGAACAAGCCCAGCAGUAUGCUGCAUACUCACAGCAACAGGACCAACAGCAGCAACUGGCAACAGCAACUGGUUCUGCAGCAAAUCCUUGGAUGUGGGGCCAACCUGGGAUGUAUGGAAUGUAUGGCAUGUACGGUACCCUUCAGCAGCCACAGCUGCCAUGUCUUGGAUGUCUGUCCCUCCGCCAUCAGUAGCAUCUGUACCGAACACAAGUGUUCCUCCUCCAAAUCAUAAUGCAAGUGGGCCUGCAGCUUCAGCAACCCCUGCUAUGGAUGCCAAACCUCCAAGUGGGCCACCACCAUCUGCUCCACCUCCACCAGAAGACCCUCCCCCACCUCCACCACCAGAUGAAGAUAAAGAAAAAAUUGGCAGUGGUAAUUCAGCCAUUGGGGUUUCCGGUGGUGGAUAUUCAACAAUAAGCAAUACCAAUGCAAGUAAGAAUGCUUCAGGAGAUGAUGCAAAGUUUGAUGAAUCUACUGAUGAAGAUCUUAAAGAAUUUGACAGGCAAUUUGCCAAUUGGGAGAGAAACAGUUUACACAAUGGCAAGAAGAGAAUAAGAACCAUCCUGACAAGUCUGGCCUUAAAAAAUAUGAGGAAGAUUGGAACAAGUGGAGAAGUGACCUUCUUAAGAAGAGGAUGAGAUGUUGAAAAACAAACUAGAACAGUUCAGCAGGAGAAUAGUUCAUUCUCCAAAGAGACACCCCCUGUCUCUUUCAGGUAGUGGUAACGAUACUUCAACUAAAAAUACUACAAAUGAUGAUCCUAAUACCCAGCAGCAGCAGCAGUCGUCACCUCAAACGACUGCUGCUCCUAGCCAAGAGAAGUCCGAUCAGGUAAAUAAAAGUGGCAAUGCCAAUUGGCCAUCUGGUGUGCAAAGGCAAGGAGCCAACCAAGGAGGUCAGGGAGACUGGAUGCCGAAUAACUGGCAAUGGGGUC